ACUCAAAAUCAAAAUAAAAGCACAUGCACCACUACAACCAUAACCUAAAACAUUUUUGUAAACUAUAACCUCAUUUUCUUAAUAAAUCACGAUGGCUAAACAGACAGUAAAAAGUGGUAAAAUUAAAAAAAUUAAAACCUUUGCCAAAAAGUCUCAGGUACUUGAGUGCUUUUCAAAAUUAUCACAUAAAGCAGUAAAUUUGAGGGCAAAAAGUGGUGUUUUUCUACUGAAACACUUAGAAAGUGAUAAAAGUGAACAAAAAACAAUUGAGGAAAAGUAUACUUUGAAUAGAAUAAUAAGAGGGUUGGGUUCUUCAAAUGAAAAUGCAAGGGCAGGAUAUUAUUCUGUAUUAGUAGCGCUAUUGUCUAACAAUAAGUUUACGUUUGAUCAACUUAAUGAAAGCAUUGAAAAGAAUUUAAAACCUUCAGGAAACAACCCUAAAAGUGAAUAUGCUGAUAUUCAUAUGGGUUUAAUUUUAUCUUAUGGGGCUACAAUUCGUUCAGGUGUUUUUUGUACAUUCAGUGAAUCUCAACAAAAAGAAAUCAUUGAAAAAAUGUUAAGUUGUGGGAAGAAAAGAAGUUAUUUUUUUUUAGCUGUUACAAUGUUUUUGGUAGACUUAAUUGAAAAGGAUGAAGAAGUUCAUUUUUCUAAAAUUAUCUGGCCCGUAUUGCAAUUGGAAAUUACACAGGAAUGGUCAAAUCAGAAUAUAAAUUAUUUACAUUUGUUGGUCAUUCUAAAAAGUCGAUUUCCCAACAUAAUUAAAAAGUUACUCAAAAGCAAGUUGGGUCAUGAAGAUAUAUUCUCUGUUGCAUGCAUUAAGCCAUUAUGUAAUGUUUUAUUGAACAUACCAUCUAAUAAUUUUCUUCUAAAUCCUGCAUAUGCUCGUAUAAGUGAAGAAAUUGCUAAAUCAGAUGUUUUGCAUGAAUUCAUAAAUGAACUGGAUCAAAACAUCAUCAAAACAACUAGAAAUAAGUUUCUAGCAGUUACUAUUAUAUUAACAAAUGUAAUACUUUACUUAAAAGGUUCUUCGCAAAUUGCAGAAAUGAUUCCAAACAAUUUUUUGCUACACCUUCAACAAUAUUGUAAAAAUGUAGUUAAAAAUAAUGAUCCAGAAGUUAUGGAAAAGGCAAACCAUUUCUUUAAUGCCCUUGCCUUAACAAUUAAAAAUCCUGAAGUGACUGACAAUACAAAAAUUAAUUGUAUAAAAAGAUUACUUACCUAUCCUGGUCAUAUUUUUAUUGAAAAAAAUAUAAAAAUAAAAAUAAUUCAACAAAUCACUGCCACACUUAGCACUGACGGUAUUAAGGAAAUAUCUGAAUUUUACAAAAAUAUUGUAACGGCACAAAUUAAAAAGAAAACAAACAAAGGGUAUGAUAGUUGGCAUAAUGCUGAAAGGCUUUAUGCAUCACAAAUGUUCGCAAGACUAUUAUCACAUCCAAGUGUUCGUAAUGAAAUUGAGUGGAAAACGGAGCAAUUAAAAUUUAUUUGUCAUCAAGGAUUCAUAAAAGAUGAUGAAACUAAAAACGUUGGAGUAGAAUUAGCAGCAUCAUUGCGCGAAACAUUCUAUCACUCUUUGGAUCUAAAAUUUUCUAAACUAGAGCAUCUUCGGACAGCUCUCGCAGUAAUCGUUCGUUACUUGCAAUCUUUUCUUUCGCAAGAAAACUGUGCUGAAAUUUUACGUGUCUCAUUGUGUUCAGAAGCUCUUGAAGCAUGGCAAAGUACUAUCAAGCAAAUACAAAAACUUGAAGAGAAAAUUGUAAAAAAGAAUGAACCGACUCUUGUUGUUUUUCACACUCUUUUCCUUCAAAUGAGUUUACAACUCUUUAAUGAACAAAAAUUAGCUGCCACUUCUUUAAAAGAACUGCUUCAAUGCUAUAAAAAUAAAAAGGAAGAGAAGAAAAAGAAAAGAAAGUCGGGAAUUGAAGAAAGCAAUCUAGAAAUGGAAGACAUUAACUGGAUUGAAGUAGUGAUAGAUCUCUUUUUAAACUUAUUGUCACAAAACUCAUUGCUGUUGAGAAAGAUAGUUAAUUGUGUAUUUCCUCAUUUAUGCAAGGAUUUAACAACUUCUGCAGUUCAUCAGAUAUUGGCUGUAUUAGAUCCAAAAAAUGAAACUAAUCCUCUGUCUAAUUCAAGUGAUACUGAAGAUGAUGAAGAUGACGAAACAGAAAUUUUAGCUGAAGACGAAAUUGAAGAAGAUUCUACGGAUGGUGAAGACAUCGACUAUGAGGACAAUGAAACUGUAAAUGAUAAGUUAAGAACAGCUGUUCGAAAAGCACUUGGUGAUGAUGGAGAACAAACAGACAAUGAAUCUAUAGAUUUAAAUGAAAUGAACGAGAAUGAAGCUAUGGAAAUUGACAAAGCUCUUGCCCAAGCCUUCAAACAAUUUAAAUCAAAUAAGGGAGGAAAAAUUAAGAAACAAACUAAGGAAGCCGAAACAUUAACACAUUUUCGAGUACGUGCUUUGGAUUUGAUAGAAAUAUACUUAGAUUCGGAACCACCGCUGCUAACAUGUUUAGAAAUUAUGAUUCCACUGCUUAAUACAUACGAAUUCUGCAUAAAAGAUGAACAUCAAAAACCCCUUCAGGAUCGAUUAGAGUCAUGUUUUAAGAAGUUGACAUCAUUGAAAAAAUUUUCUUCUACUGAUGGGGUAAACGAUGAAGUAUUAAACACCCUUGUGAAGAGUUUAGUAGAAAAGGGUUCAAAAAGUACCUUAAUUGCUCAAGAGAUGUCUGAUAAAACAUCUAAAUGCUGUGUUUUUAUAAUAAAAUGUUCAAUAAGCAUUUGUGAGGCAUCAGAAACUGCCCAGCAAAUUAGAAAGAAAUUGAAGAAGAAUUUGGCGCAAACUUUAACCGACGUUUUAAACUCAUUUUUUAAAGAAAAAAGUUGCAUAACUUCGUUUACAUUAUUUAAAAAUGUCCUUGAAUUAAAUUGGAGUGGAACACUAUCCUUAGUUUCAAAAUUGUAUGAUAUUGUUUUUGAUGAAAGUGUAAAACCGUUUAAAAGAAGUCAAGCGUCUGAACUACUUACUAUUUUCUACAAAAACCACAGAUUCCUAAAAGCAGAAUCAUCAAAAAUUCAAAGAAAACUGCAAGGUGCUGAAGUGAAGUUCUCUGAAGAUUUAAUCAGAUUUCUUCAAAGCCUUGUUGAUAAUCCAAAACAAAGUUUGGUAAGAGAAAAAUUCCUGACAAAUAUUUUUAAUCUGCUGCUUUCAAUUAAGAAAGGUCCCCUUAGUGAUGGUCAUCUAAAUUGGGAAGGUGUUGGUACUGUACUCUCGAAAUAUCGAGUUGUUGGUUCCUUUUCAAGAGACGCAAAAUCAGUUUACAAUCAAUUGUCUCACGUUCUUAAUUUGCGAAAGUUUGAUAUAAAAGAAAUUGAAAGAAAUGAUAAAAAUAUUCAACAAGAGAGCGAUAGUAACGUAGAAAAUUUACAAGAAAAUGGAGAUAUUUCUGAAAACGAAAAUUUAGAAACCAAGAUAGAAAAGAAAAAGAAGAAGAAUCAUUCCAAAUCCAAAAAACUUAAGAAACAAACACAAUUUGAAAGAUUACAGUCUAAUUCUGAAGGUCUUAUAAGUAUUUCAUUUUCAAAAGCAAACGCAAUGGAAUCUGAAAUUUUAAGUGAUAAUGGUGACAAAAGUACAAACAACAUUGUUAAAAAUAGUACAAAGAUUAAUAAAAGUGUUGACAAAUUGGGGAAAAUAAAGAGAAGAAAAAGUGAAAGUAAAAGCGCAACAACUCCUAAAAAAGUCAAAACUAAAAAUUAGAUUCCAAAUAGUGGAUAUUUUAUUAUUAAAGAUUAUUGUAUUAUAAGUGUAUGAGAAUAUGAACAAUUACGUUUAUAAUUUUGAAUGUGUUAGAAAAUGCAAAUA